AGGAAAUGAGGAUCAUGGUGGCUUCGAUAUUUUUAUCUGAGUGAAUCCUUGGGGUAUGUUUUUGACAUUAUUAUUGUUUUUCACUGGCAAUGUUUUAUAUAAAUUGUUAAAACGUUAUCUAAUCAAAUGUGCUAGCUUGCUAGCUAACCAACAACCAUUUUGCAUGCCAGCUAUGUUGACGAAUAUAUAUUUUGACCGUACGAGGCUAGCUAACGUUAGCCAGCUAGCUAUAACGUUACUGUUAGUUAACUAACGUUAAUCCCAGCUAGCUAGCGACUGUAAACAGAGAUGUUCAUCAAUUCAACGUUAUUAUGGUCUCUACCUACAGGCAAAGGAGCUGCACAGAUACCGGUAAUGGCAGAGCUGCACAUUAUCGGUCAGAUCGUCGGGGCUAGCGGCUUCCCUCAUAGCAGUCUCUUCUGCAAGUGGGGAAUUCAUACAGGUGUCUUUCGUUAUAAUCAGAUUAUUUUAAUGAGUAGGAUGUGUACUUGACCGUAUCCGUUAUGGUUGUGAUUCUCAGUUUCCAACAACACUUCUCUCUCUCGUUAUGUAAGGAGGUGCAUGGAGACUUCUCUCUGGCCUGAAGGAGGGGCAGACCCAGGUGGAUUUGCCUCAGACGGGGGAUAUGGCAUACUGGAGUCAUCCCAUUGAUCUACACUACACCACUAAAGGACUGCAAGGUAACAAUUCAAAGUAACAGUUCAUCACAGAUCUAAAUCGAAAGCUAGCUGUGGUCCUCUGUAGCUCAGCUGGUAGAGCACGGAGCUUGUAACGCUAAGGUAGUGGGUUUGAUCCCCGGGACCACCCAUACACAACAACAAAAAAUAUAAUGUAUGCACGCAUGACUGUAAGUCGCUUUGGAUAAAAGCGUCUGCUAAAUGGCAUAUUAUUAUUAUAUUACAUAUUAUACAUAGUUACAUCUACCAAGCCUAGUUUUCAGGGUAAUACCAGGGUAAGACUUGUUUGUCUUUUAUUCCCCUUCAGGUUGGCCCAAGCUUCACCUGCAGGUUUGGCACCAGGAUUCAUUUGGGCGUUGUCAUCUGUAUGGUUAUGGAUAUUGCCAUGUGCCCUCCAGCCCAGGGCACCACCAUGUACGCUGUGUGACCUGGAGACCACUGGGAUCCUGGCAGGAGCAGCUGGCUCAAACCUUCGUGGGUGGAGGUCCCCAACUGCGCUCCCCAGACCUUGUAUACAGUGGGGCGGACAGAUAUAGGCUGCACACAGUUGCUAUGGGCACUGUGGAGCUGGAGCUAGGCAUCAUAAUGCGACACUUUGACAGAUAUGGUGUAGAGAGCUGAAAUGUAGAGAUGGGACAGCGAAGGGUGAAUGGAGGGAAGCCUGAAUGGAGCACUGUAUUGUUAGUGGGUGGGGGCGGUGUGGAUUUCGACCAUAUCUACACCGGGGUACAUAAAAGAAGGCUGGGCAGGUCAGAUGAGAUAUUUUGCCUUGUGAGAUGCGUUGAUGUGGCAUACAUGCUGAGAAGAACCCAACAUGCAAAUGUAGGUAUUUCCCCUCUUUCUCCACAAGGGGGGGGGAGGAAAGUGAGCCUUUCAACACCAUCUGCCUUCCCAAUUGUCAAUAUUUUUAGAACAUUUAAUAUAAUCAAAGUUGUAUUUUAAACAAUGCAAAACAGAUUUUAUACUGCACUUCAUUUUAGUUUGAUAUUUUUCUAUGAAUUCCUUUGUGUUUUUAUAUAGUAGAAUUAUGUAAAUAAAUCAUUACAAUGUACCAAA